CGCAAUCGCCAUGUACUUGGCUAACUGUAGUUCAUAUUGCUAUAAUGUGAAACCAUUGGCACCUGCCAAAAUUGAGAUUUCUGGACGUGUCGUUCAAAUGCCAAUGGCCGACAGCCACGUCAGUAAUGAUUCACGAUGGCCAAUAUUCCACUAUAAAAGCCGCUGUGCCGUCCCGUUAAUUUCACAGAUAUUUUCUGAUCUUCAAACAGUUUAAUACACUCGCUGAACUCUUCAUCAUGAACUUUAAGGUAUUUAGCGUCUUGGCUUUGAUGGCCCUGGUUUUUGUCUUCACGACAACCGCCGAUCCAGUAGCAGAGGAACAUGUUUCCGAAAUGGUCCAAAACACUAAACACGCUUCGGAGGAUCAUCACGCUGCUGCUGGAAAAGCCAAUGCCGCCCACUCUCAUCACGUCAAAAAGGUGAAGGACGGAAAGAAACACGAGCCCAGCAGAGAUUCCCGUGAAGCGAAAGCUGCCCAGCAGCACAAGAAAGAAACCCCAGCAGUACCCAUCAAAGCCAGUAAUGGCAAGAAACCUUAUAAAUUUCUCCCGAAAGCAGCUUAGGCGGCCCAUUAAGUUAGUUCACCGCUUAUAGGUUGAUGUAUUCUUCGCUUCUCUCCCUGACGACCCUCGGCCCUUUCCAUUUCAUUUAUUUUUUUCGUUGAUUGUAUUAAAAACAACCCGUUUUUAUAAAUACAACGACACAUUGCUUUGCAGAGAUAUA